AAUUAUUUACUGUGACCACAGCGCUCGGGGAAAGCCAUAAACCCAGAUUUGCACCUCUCCUUCUAUCCCCUACGCUCAAAAAAUCGCAGAUUCAGUCAAAUGGCGGCAUAAUCCAGCCCUUUCUCGCAAGGGGAUCCGAUCAAUUUGUGAGAUCUGACUCAAUUUCCGUUGAAACCAGCACACAGGGAUACACGAAUUGCCGCAUUUCUGCGAUCUCCAAUCAGGCCAGUUUUUUCUCGAAUCAGAUCCGCCAGACCUUGUCGACAACGAAGCGAUGCUGUCAUCUGUCCGAUCGUUCGCCGUUCUCAUCAUCGUCUUCGCGUCCGUAGCCUCUCCUGUUUUCGGCAAGUUCAAAGCUAAUGAUCCCGUCACUCUAUGGGUGAACAAGGUUGGCCCAUAUAACAACCCCCAGGAGACCUAUAACUAUUAUAGCCUCCCGUUUUGCCAUCCAUCCAAGAAUGGUGGUGCUCACAAGUGGGGUGGGCUUGGCGAGGUUCUUGGAGGGAAUGAACUUAUCGAUAGCCAAAUCGACAUAAAGUUUAAGAAGGACGUCGACAAGACUGUAAUCUGUGAAAUUGAACUAGAUGCAGCAAAAGUUAAACAGUUCAAGGAUGCCAUUGACAAUUCUUACUGGUUUGAGUUUUUUAUGGAUGAUCUGCCAUUGUGGGGUUUUAUUGGUGAGGUUCUUCCUGAUAGGAAUCGUGAUAACAAGCAUGUGCUCUUUACACACAAAAGUCUAGUAAUUAACUACAAUGGGAAUCAGAUUAUUCAUGUCAAUCUCACUCAAGAAAAUCCUAAGCCACUUGAAGAGGGGAGAACACUGGAUAUGACUUACUCUGUCAAAUGGACUCCAACUAACACCACAUUUGCACGCCGUUUUGAUGUAUAUCUGGAUUACCCAUUUUUUGAGCACCAGAUCCAUUGGUUUUCUGUCUUCAAUUCUUUCAUGAUGGUGAUUUUCCUCACUGGCUUGGUGUCUAUGAUAUUAAUGCGCACACUUCGCAACGAUUAUGCAAAAUAUGCUCGGGAAGAUGAUGAUCUAGAGACUCUGGAACGAGAUGUAAGUGAAGAAUCUGGUUGGAAACUUGUCCAUGGUGAUGUUUUUCGGCCUCCCCAAAAUUUGGCUCUACUCACUGCUGUUGUUGGCACUGGUGCUCAACUAGCAACGCUGGUUCUGCUUGUCAUCAUUUUAGCUAUUGUUGGAAUGUUGUACAUAGGGAGAGGAGCUAUUGUAACUACCUUUAUUGUGUGCUAUGCUUUUACCUCAUUUAUAGCUGGUUAUGUGAGCGGUGGCAUGUAUUCACGUCAUGGGGGUAAGAAGUGGAUAACAUCAAUGAUCCUCACGGCAUCCCUUUUCCCAUUCUUGUGUUUUGGGAUUGGGUUCAUCAUAAACACAGUUGCCAUAUUUUAUGGGUCUCUAGCUGCCAUUCCCUUUGGUACCAUGGUGGUUGUUUUUGUGAUAUGGGCUUUUAUUUCUUUCCCCUUGGCUCUUCUUGGCACUGUUGUUGGAAGAAACUGGAGUGGUGCGCCAAACAAUCCUUGCCGAGUCAAGACCAUUCCUCGUCCAAUUCCUGAGAAGAAAUGGUAUUUGACCCCAUCAAUUAUCUCUCUCAUGGGAGGUCUACUCCCUUUUGGAAGCAUUUUUAUCGAAAUGUAUUUCGUCUUCACUUCCUUCUGGAAUUACAAGGUUUACUAUGUCUACGGCUUCAUGCUUCUUGUCUUUGUAAUUCUGAUCAUUGUCACCGUUUGUGUGACGAUUGUGGGAACAUAUUUCUUACUGAAUGCCGAAAACUACCACUGGCAAUGGACUUCGUUCUUCUCUGCAGCUUCCACCGCUCUAUAUGUAUACUUCUAUUCUAUAUACUACUAUCAUGUCAAGACUAAGAUGUCAGGCUUCUUCCAGACCAGCUUUUAUUUUGGAUACACUCUGAUGUUCUGUCUCGGUCUGGGAAUCCUCUGCGGUGCCGUUGGAUAUCUGGGCUCCAACUUGUUUGUGAGGAGAAUUUACAGGAAUAUCAAAUGUGAUUAAUUCUAGAUUAUACGGAGUUUGUUGGUUUUGCUUGGUGCAUGGUAAGUUAACUCGAAUCGGGAGAUAAUGGAAUGAACAAGCUCUGAAGCAUCGUAGACGAUCUUUUUUCGUAGUUAUGAAAUGUAUUGAUGGUUGCCUAUAGAUUUGGACUGUUGAUUACUACUAAACACCAUUUUGGAUUCUCUCUUUACAUCAAAAUCUCAGCUUGUAAAAAUCUUGCCUCUUUAGGCAUUUGUGACCUUUCUCUAUUUUCAUUUUAUGUAGACAUUUCACUCCCA